AUGCCUGUGAGUGCUGAAGACUUAGUACGAUUGUUGGCACUUUUAGCUGAGGAAGAAGAAAUGAAAGUGACAGUACAUCAAUCGAUAAAAGGUGGUUUAAUAGCAGGAGGUGCAGUUGGGGGAGCAGUGGGUGCGUGGGCAACAAAAGGUACAUUUCGGCCGGUAUCGCAGAUUCUCAUUGAUAUGAACAAGGAGCAAAGAAUGCAACUACAAGAGUAUUUCAGCACGGUGGCGACAAAUAUCACUUCAGAUGAUUUCAUGGCUUUAAGUAAAUUAGUAGAGGGUGAUGAUGAAAUCAGAAGAAAAAUGAUCUGUUCGUUGAGAAAUUAUUUUAAUGACGAACUUAAGAUGGAAAUUCUAGACUGA